AUGUCUCCACAAGAUGCCUUCACUCUGCACUGCCUUGAUUGUUUAGUCGGAAGUGGUUUGAAUCACUCAAAGCCUACCGUACAAAAGCACUACGUGGUUCCUAUACGAGAAAAAGCUCAAGAAGAAGGCAGGGGCAUCGGACUUAUGCACACCUCUGAGAGAGUUCGCAACCUUGUAUUAAAGGGUGGCUUCCCUGUAGACAUUUUAGCUGGGGCUUUCAGCCCUCCAGAAUUUAAAGAAUUUGUUGCCAAAGAAUGGUCGUCCGGCCGGCCGGGCAGGACGACGGACAGCCAUGGCGUCAAGGACACGCCGCGGCACGCCACCCGCUGGGCGGUGUUCGCCGUGCUCGCCGCCAUGCUCACGCUCUUCAUUUGCCUGCUGUUUGUGGACUUUACCCAGACCGCGCGGAGCCCCUCGAGGAGGGCGGGCCACGACGAGCCCGCCCGGGAGCCUGGACAGCCUGGGCACCCUGGUGCGGGGCUUGGCGUCGGCGAGAGCAGCGACGAGGCCGCGCACCACCAGGACGACGUCGUGGAGGACGACUUGGAGAGGCAGUACGGCGCCGAAGACGAACCUGAAGAGUAUUUGACGAGGCGGGACGACGUCGAAGACGAACCUGAGGACUAUUUGGCGAGGCGUGACGACGUCGAAGAUGCAUCUGACGACCAUUUGGCGAGGCAGAUGGACGCUGAAGACGAACCUGCGCACGGCACCGUUGACGAGGACCAUGGGCACACCGAGGACGCCGAGGACUACGGGGGCGGGCAGAGGGACGAGGACUACUACGACGCUCCGCCGACGGGGCGCGCCUAUCGCUCCCUUGCGGUGGACCACGCCGGGGACACCGACGUGGAACCGCCGUCCGCGCCGUCAGGGAACGACGGCGACGUGCAGGGUCGGGAGGUCAACAUCGUAGAGCCACAAGGCGGCGAGGAGUCGCCGCACGACGAGGAGGGCGUCGAAGUGUCAACAGAACCGCCGCCGUACGCCGCGCCGCUGUCCGCCGAGGAUAGGUCGGACGACGGGCAGCCCGACGACGCCGUGGCGCUGCCCUACCACGUCGGCCUGGACGUCAACUGGCCCAGGGCGGACGAGCCACUGCAGCAGCAGCGGGCGCGGGAGCGGUGGCUGGAGCGCAUGCAGGAGGAGCUGCAGUCCUCGCUGAAGGCCGCGCGGCGCCACCAGGACUUGCAGCGCAGGAACGGCGUGUUCGCCGAGCUCGGCACCAUCCAGGGCGAGCAGAUGGUGCUGCCGCACUACACCGUGCAGGACAACCUCGGGCCCGUCCUGUUCCCCGCCAGCACCAAGCAGCACCAGCAGCAGCUGGACGUGUCGGGGACACACUUCGUGCCCAAGAAGCUCAUGAAGCUGAUGGUGUCCCUCCAGGGCGGCGGCAACAAGCCCUGGGCCUUCCCGCAGCAAGUCAGCCAGGCCCCGAACCAGUACCUGGUCGUCAACAACAAGGGCGUCGUCAUCCCGCACAGCGUCAACUUCCCCGACAUCGUCAAGACGGCCAACUUCCCGCAGCUGCAGCCCUACCGCAACCCGCACAGCAGCAGCAACAAGCACCUGCAGGACGUCGCCAACUACCUCAAGAGCAAGGGCUACGUGGUGGGGGGCCGGCGGCCGUACGCGUGGAGCGGCGCCGCGCUCAAGAAGGCCGCCAAGGUGACCGGCGUGUACGGCGGCCAGCAGAUGCAGCAGGCCGUGCCGCAGGAGGCGUUCCCGUUCCCGCGCCCCGAGCCCUACGUCAACGACAUGGCCUUCAUGGACUCGGCCGAGUCCAUGGAGCGUCCCGGGCCGGACUCGCACUACAACGGCCACGCCUACGUCGCGGACCCCUUCCACCCCUACAAGCCUUCCGACCCCACCGAGAUCAACCACAUGGCCUCGGCCAUGGACUCGGAGGUGUCCGCGUCGGCGAGCUCCGAGUCCGUGCGGCACUCCGGCUUCGUGGACGAGGUGGGCGAGCCGUUCGCGCCGGCGGGGCGGCCUGCGCUGCCGGGGCUGCCCGGCCUGGCCGUGCCGCCGGGGCGGUUCGCGCGGCACCGCCACCCCUUCCUGCAGCCGGGCGGGCCGCAGUACACCGAGGCCACGUUCAAGCCGCUCGGCCCGGACACGGCGGCGUCGACGACCCCGGCGGCCUCGGACGCGGCGUGGCGGGGCGCGGCUGGCAAGUCGGUGCCGCCGCUCAGCGUCAUGCUGGAGAUCUUCCCCAUGGGGCAGGCCAAGGCCAACGACGGCGCCGCCACCGUCAUGUGGAACAACCUCCCCGUGGCGGCGCUGCGGCCGGUGGUUCGUCGGCCGCCCAGCGUCACGGCGCAGCAGGCCGUGGCCCAGCAUGUGGCGGCGCAGCACGCCGCGCAGCACGCCGUGGCGCACCAGGCCGAGAGCAGCCUGCGGAGGCCCGUCGCCCUGCCGUUCGACCCCAUGUCGCUGGCCGCCGCCUCGCCCGUGGCCUCCAGCGCGUCCUCCGGCGCGAACCGCUUCCCCGUGCUCAUGCAGGGCCAGCUCUCGGCCGGCAACGGCCAGCCCUUCGGAGUGACGCUGUCCGGCCUGCAAGGCCUGCAGUCGCUCGCCGGCAUGCCCAUGCUCGACUCCAAGCACAAGAUGGUGGUGCACCUCAACUUCUACCCCAAGAAGUCCGUCAGCCUACCCAUGCGCUUCAGGGACUCAGGAACCUCUGAUAACAUCGGCCAGGGUGCGUCCAUCCUCCAAGGAGGGACCUUCGCCCAGCGGAGGCAAUCCGUGCCAGAGGACCAGGCGGCAGACCCGUUGGGCUCGGUGGCGGUGGACCUGGCCCCGCUGCUGCAGUCCCUGCCGCCGGACAUGCAGGGCCACCUCAUGGCCAUCCUGCAGACGUACCAGCGCGCCGCGCCGGCCAAGGACACCGUCAGGGACGCCGUCAGGGACGGUGGCAGGGACGGCGGCAGGGACGGCCUCCGGGACGCGCGGAGCGACGAGUACCUCGACGAGGACUCCGACGUGGACAGCAGUGGUGAGUCCGCGGAGGAGUACGACGACGAGGCUCUCCUCGGCGGCCGGCGGCCGAAAACCAAAGACCAGCGGCCGGUGCCCAGGACGGCCGGCGGCGUCGACGCCGAGCCCUCGUUCAACAGCGUGGAGGACAGCGGCGAGGUGCCGAGCGUACCGCAGCACGUCGCCGACUGGCUGGCCGCGUCCGCGCCGAAGAAGACCGCCAAGGCCGAGCAGACGCCGGCCGCCGCCAAGGACAGCGGCUCGUACUUCGACGUCCAGGAGGACGCCGACAAGGACGACUCCGUCGAGGACACGACGCAGCCCGCCAUCACGGACGAGGAGGCCGCCAAGGCCAACAAGCGCUUCAUGGAGGAGGUGGAGGAGGCCCUGAGGGACCGCAUGACCCUGUGGCGGCACUGGAAGCAGAUGCAGCAGCAGCAGAAGGGCUCCAAGUGGAAGCGGAAGAAGACGCCGCCGCGGACGCAGAGGGACAGUCUCGCUUACAGUGACGCGGUCGACGACGUGGUGUCGCUGGCGGAGGGGGCGUCGUCUGCUGUGCCCAAAAACCAUCGUUUGAAUUGAAGCAGAAAAAUUCGUCGCCAUUCAGUCGAUAGGUACAAAUUAGUUACAGUAAAAACCGAAUUCAAAAACAACUAGGGAAAUAGGCUAAUUAUUUAUUGUAUUUAAAAGUGGCAUUGGUGUGUGUUUUUGACGUGGGCACAAAAUUAGAGAUUGGUUUCCAAAACCAGCAGGACUGGUUGAAAAAUGUACGUUGUACAGAAUCUCCAGUUUUUUACCCGCGUCAAAACGAUUCCUCGUGCGAAA